GGUGGUGUCCAGCUGACCUUCUCAACUUCCGAAGUGAGGUUCGUUGACGAAACCGUCAUCAUCAAACGAUUGUAUGAGGUGGAAGAGCCAGAGCAUAAUGGCCCGACAGAGCAGUCUCGUGGGGUCAAUGAUGCCCCUAUAACUCCAGUCGGUGUUGUGGAGUACCAUGGCCUCGAGCAGUAUACGUCGCCAUUGACGGAUGAUACCACUCCGAUGCAGACUCUGUGCCAUGAUGGUCGUUCGUCUGAGUUGGAAUUGUUGAUGGGAAACGUUCUUCAGCAAUUUGACAGAGAUCCCGGGAAGGACUUACAGACUGGUAAUCUGGUACGGGAGCAGAGGCUCUUGUUCAACGAGAGAGAAGCGAAGUUGAUGCGGAACUAUGUUGAGAAUAUGGCGUUGUGGGCAGAUAUAACUGACCCCCAUCGACACUUUGAGAUAGAGGUGCCUGUGAGAGCAAUGCAGGAUCCGCUGCUGAUUCCCACAUUAUCUGGAACUGGUGGUGAUCUGACUGAUGUUGUUCUUGCUACUGUUGCUAUCCUUCGCCAACACGAGGAAAUGGAGUAUGACGACAACCAAUUCCAUUUGACAGGGGCAACGCGUAUUAUGAAUACUGUCUCUUUUGGAUCCUCCGGGGGAUUGGGUGAAGCGACAGCCUGGCUCUGUCUCCGUGAAGACAUUCAUGUAUGGCUGAUCUCGCAAAAGCCCCUACGAACAAAUCUGGAAAGCUUCCAUCGUUCCGAUAUCUUCCUAAGAAAUGAUGACUUUGCGUGGGCAGCUCGGAUGGUCUUCCUAUUAGCCAAAGUCCUCAAAUGUGCUUUCAAUCAGAUGUCUUCGCCAGAAUACACUGCGCUACAGAGUAUUGCGCAGGAAGUUGAAGACUGGAAUGCCAGAAAGCCGCCGUCCUUUCAUCCCCUGCGCGAGCUUCCUCGUGGGAAGGAUGUCUCGUGUCGGUUCCCAGAGAUGUGGAUGUUGCUACCCGUGCACGUGGUCGGAACUCAGUACUACCAUAUCGCCAAGAUAGUCCUUGCCUUUGCUUGUUGCCCAAGUCCUCCGCUUGCUUACGAGAGUUUCAGAAAUUCGCGAAACAUCGAGAAAACGAUACGCUAUCACCUGUUCAUGGUGCUGGGAUUGGCCAAGUCAAAUCCCAAAGCGGAGAAUACGCUUUUCACCGCACGGCAUAGCCUCGUAGCGUGGGGCUGGGUCAUUCGGCAAAAGACGGACCAACAGGCUGCAGAAAUCCUCCCCAGAGAGAUGUGGACGAGAACGGGGUGGGAUGUGACGGCAUCGAUCCAGUCCUUACGAGAGCAAUGGGCCGACGAAGAGACGGACAGCUGA